CCUCAGUGUCUGAACAACAGUCACAAACGUCGGACGGUUUACGAACGAGUAGUACGCAGAAUUUGGUACCCAUUCGGUUGUUUAUCUUUUGGAUGCGUGCCCGAACGUCGUGUGGUUUAAUUUCGGGCUCGGCAAUUAGCAGAGAAAUCGCUUUUUAUGCAAAUUAGUGAUUCGAAACUGUCGAAAUAACAAAACAUAAAUGUCAAAUCGAAAAGGUUGCCUGCCCCUUUCCACUGACCUUGAACUCGUCUAUUCAGACGAAUAUCACUUUUCCCAAAACCGAAGCACACACUUUGACAUACUUUAAGCCACUGGGUUAAUUAUAAUAGAUAUUCGAGAACGAACUCGGAAAGGUGUUAAUUUCGCUAGCCACGUGAAAUAUUCUCAGUAAGGUUCAUAAAAUUCGCAUAAACUAAAUAAAUGUGUAAUUAAAACUGUUAUACACCAUUUUUUGGAUAAAAAGCUAAUGGAUGUUUACAAAAUAUGUUCUCAAAGUGAUAAAUUUGUCUGAAAAAGGAACGGAAGCAUUAUAAUCUACGGAGUUUAUGGAAAAAACAUGCUAAAAUGGAAUUGAUUAAAAAAUACAAACAGGGCAAGCUAACCACCAGCGAUAUACGCAACCUAAAUCACAUGGUAAUAUGUCUGAUGGUCUUGAUAGCAAUAUUCUCCAUUCUAUGGAGCAUUUGUCUGCACAUGAUAUCGGGGGAUCUGUACGAGGGAAUUGUCAGUGCCAAACUCAUCUUCAAAGAGCGCAACCUGGAGCAAAUGGAUGAGCACAGUAAGCAGAUCCUUCGGCGGGAUUUUAAGGCAGCUACUCAGUAUGCUUAUGGCCAAAAGUAUUCCGUUCAGGAUGUGCAAGACGUAACUGCCGAAUCGCUGCACAGCGAGAGCCAAACCACAAAGCCAAUCUUUAAGAUAUCGCAUAUCUAUGAUUCUAUUGAGAACAGACCUAAAUUGGAGCGUCUAAUCGCUGAAAAGAAGGAGGAGAAAGUCACGACCACGACGGCUCCUCCACCGAAAAUAAAAUUCAAUGCCGAUGCAGAUCGUCAGUUUUUGAGCACUAUGUCCGUCGAUGCUCAUGCCACUUUUUGGAAUCGUGGCAUAGGUGCUCAGUUUGUCUAUUCAUUUCCUCUCAUAUCGGAGAUAGUGGCCAUCAUUUGGACGGCUAUGUGUUUGAUUUUUCAGACCGGCAGCAAAAAGAAUUCUGUACUGCCAAAACCGUGGCGCAUUGUGGUGCCCUCCAUAAUCAUAUUUUCGGUGAUGAGUCUGGGCAGCGUGAUCUACACCAUCCUCACCAAUGGUCAUCUGAAGCGACUGUGUGGCCAGUUGAGAGAGAACCUCACAGAUCCGUCGGCCAUCAGUUGUGGCGAUGCCAUUGCCCUUCUGCGUCCCAUCGUCCACGACCACAAGGUGUCCCACGAUACUUAUCUGGAGCUCUUCCGCUGCAGCUACGUGAUCGGAAUGGUGCUGUGGAUCGUGGCUCUGCUGGUCAUGGUGCUGCGAUUUGUCUUCGCCGUUGACUUCCAGCUGGUGGACAUCGAUGAGAUGUUCGAUAGUGGACGGCUUGGACUUCCCCAGUCCCAAAUUCAGCCAGUUUACAGGGAAGUAGUGCAGCAGGGCAGUCCGCAGCACCAGACGCAGGUGCGACCCAGGUCGGAAGACGAUUUUCAGAGUGCCAGGUCGCGGCUCAGCGAUCUGGCAGUGCCACUUCUGGAGGUGCAGAGUCAGUCCCAGAUUCCGCCUUCGAACUUGGCCUAAUCCCACGGCUGACCAAUGGAUCAGCCAUCUCAGGUUUAUUUUUAUACGAUGUGUUAGUGUUUAGAGCAUAAGAAAUAUUACCUUAACUAAUCGAAUUUUAGUCUAAGCUCUAGCGUUCUCCCUAGUUUGGAGUACUUGAUGAAUCGAUAUUUAACUGAUAUUUUUCACUGUCCUAGCUUAGUGAACUUGUGCCUCGAUAACUUAUGUCCAAAUGUGGCUUAACCAAUGGUCUAAUAAUUACUUACUUUAAAUUGAAGAGUGGUCCGAAUUGAAUUUAUAACUAAAACAUUUGCAUACUCUUAGGCUUGCAAAAUUAAAAAAGAUAUGAUCCCGCCUGGCGAGUUAAGCGACAUUUUUCAGUCGAUUCCUUCGACUAUAACAUAAACUCUGAUAAGUAUAAUCCAAUAGUUUUAUUUAAAAUGCAAUAGUCUAACCAAGGACAAAAUCGAAAACAAGUGCGAAUAAAAUACAAGUGUUGUGUA